GACAGCAUCACAACAAAAAUGUCUGCCUGCUUUUCGGUGCGGUGAAUUUUGUAUUGUUUCACUAUUAAUAAAAGCGUGCGUCAAAACCUCUGUGAAGUGCGCAACUGAUGAAGACGUUUUUGAAAUAAAAUCAAGGCAGACGCAAACCAGUCAGUGAAUAUUUUACCACCGUCAUCAUGGAUCCCACAGCAUCGGGAAUAUUCUGUAAUAGGAUGCUCAGCAUGGUGAACUCUGAAGAUGUGAACGCCAUCAUUCAAGCUCAGAGACACAUGCUGGACCGGUUUGAAAAGACCAAUGAGAUGCUGAUCAACUUCAACGGACUGUCCAAUGUGCGCUUACAACAGAUGAAUGAACACUUUUUAAUGCACACACGUACUUUAAUAGAGAUGAAAAAAGACUUGGACAGCAUUUUCAGACGAAUAAGGACUUUAAAAGGCAAAGUUGCAAAACAAUAUCCAGAAGCCUUCAACAACAUCAAUGAAUCUUCCAACCUGGAGGACGAUGAUGAUGAAUUCGACCCCAUCCCUCCCAGCAUGGCCACCACCAUCACUACCACUGCAACGUCCGAACAGAGCACGGAGUCAUGUGACACAAGCCCUGAUGUGAUAUCACCCACCAUUAGCUGCUGUUCUGAAGACCCCUCUCAAGAAAACACUGGCACACCAACCUCUGACAGCCACGAACAGCCAGUGUUACGGGACGAGGGGCCAGAUUCAGCUGACAUUUAGAUUUAUGUGAAUAACACUGUGCUGACCACAUCCAAAUGCUACUGUGCGGUGAUGCAAGCCUGCAGCUUAAGGUUUACUAUGCGAAAAUGUUUUUAGUGCUACUAAUUUAGUACUGUUGUUAAAUGUUAUUUCAAUUUUAUGUUUUGUGUUAAGCUUUAUAUUUAAUGACUGUGGUAAUGGCUUGGAAAAAAAUGCAAACUAGCCUACGUUUCGCAAAUAAAGAAGGUUUUAAAGAUACAUUUAAAAACAGACAUGUUUACCUGGUGUUGUGAAUUUUUCAUGUUCAAAACCACAUUAUUUAGUAUUAUUUCUGAACUUAUUAAAAAUGUAUGUCAUUAAAUAAAAGCUUUCUCACAGUG